AUGGAAGACGACCCAGACAAGACAAUUCCGUGCCCAUUCUGCGGGUGGAAAGCAGCGGAGGGCGAGGGUGAAUACGCCAUGCUCAUGCACAUGGAGUCGAUGCAUGCCGAGGGCGAAUCUCCCUUUGUCACCCUCGACGACGACAACGCCUCGGGCAGCAGCGUCGCGCCGACCAACGACAGCGACUACGGGGGCGAGGCCUCUCCAUAUGUCGAGUGUCCAGUCGAGACUUGCAGCCAUGUCAUGCGCCACGAGGAAAUGGAUGCCCACCUCGAGCACCAUGCUAAAGACUUCGUCAGCGCUGCUGCUGCUGAUGCCGCCGCCCCCAGCAACGCUGUACCGGCAGCUCACAACCACGACCCCGACCAUGGCCGCGGCACCAGCCAUCCCACCGGCUCUCCACCAUCUCCCGGGCGCUCCAAAUCGGCCCGGGGAGUAGGGCGGCAUCACCACACACCCGAACGCAACUCGGAGCGCUCCAGUCGCCAAGCCACCGCCAUAUCCGCCUGGAAGCUGCUCCUGAGGAUGCCCGGCUCUGGCGCUUCCUCGUCUCUGUCCUCGAAAAAGAAACGCCAGGCCGACCAGCCAGAGGGCCCCAGUGCCCGCACCACCAAACGACUUGGCAAAUCCCAGCUUGGGAGGUACCAUAAUGAGGAGCACAUGCCCCGCUGGCUCACGUCGCAUAUCGAAAAAGGGACAAGGCUGACGGCAAUAGGGGUUAUUCCCGUGCUAUCCCAAAUGCUCGAGCAGUGCCCGGCCACCAAGAACGCCUACCUUUGCCACCCUAGCGUGCAGCACUUCUCGAAGCUCCCAAAAGAGUGUGGGUUCUGCGGCUAUCGCAAUAUCCAAAUGCUGUGCUCGUACAUUGUGGGGAUUAAGUUCAACGGCUACCAGCAGCUGAACAGGAACAUCCCCACCAUCUUUCAGAUUCAGGACUUUAUCGAGGCUGCCUGGGACCAAGGCAUCAACACCCAGGGGCGUGUCGAGACGGGCGGUAUCAAGGGCACCAGGAAGUACAUUGGGACUCCCGAGGCUUUGGCAAUGUUCCGCUUUUUAGAGAUACCUUGCGACGCCCAGGGGUUCAAGAACAAGGAGACAGGCAAGUCGGAGGCGCUGCUCAUGGAGGAGGUAGAAAACUACUUCCAAUCGGGAGUAGACGAUCCGACACGGCGGGUCAGGCUUACCAACUUGCCCCCCAUCUACUUCCAGCAUGCCGGCCACUCCUUGACGAUCGUCGGCUUCGAGCGGCUGAGGGAUGGCGAGACGAGCCUCCUCGUCUUCGACCCAGAGUAUCGCGAUUCGUCCAAAGUCACAAAGUAUGUCGGACGCACGGAUUUUGAGUUCAACAACCCCAACUGGGCGCUCGCCAGGUACCGUCGCGGCAACAAAUACCUGAAAAGGUACCGCGAGUUUGAGAUUUUGACGUGA